CAAGCUAAUCAAGUCAUUUUUAGAACCAGAUUCGUUUUAAACUGAUUCCCCUCUCAGAAUGUGGGCUGAAGCAAAUAAAAUCUUCUUGUAGUACUGCUUCAUUUCGUGGUUCCAAAGCAAAUGGGUCACAAGCCCUUCCAACUUUUGCCAAUUCAAAUUCCCUAAUUAGCUUCGAGUCACUAACCUGAGCUAUAUAUAAGCAUAGCACUAGCUGCAUGUUCUCACACAACCUUUCCCUUCAACUCAAAACUCUUUGUUCUUUCUUUUCUAACUAGCAAAGUGCAACAUUGCAAUCUGCAAUCCCUCUUAGGCUCAUACCAUCAUGGCCUCAAGCUCUCUCAAACAAAAGGCUUGUGACUCCUCUUGGACACCAAAACAGAACAAGCUGUUUGAAAAAGCACUUGCAAAAUAUGACAAGGAUACCCCUGAUCGCUGGCAGAAUGUAGCCAAAGCAGUUGGUGAUAAAUCUGCGGAUGAAGUUAAGAGACACUAUGAAAUCCUCUUGGAGGAUCUCAGGCACAUUGAAUCUGGCCGUGUUCCUCUUCCUAAGUACAAGUCCAUAGGAAGCAGUAGCUGUGUUGAUGAAGAAGAGAGGCUUCUGAAGUAUCUUAAACUGAAUUGAUGGGAAGCAAUGUUUGUGUUAUAUCCCAAGUUAAUGGCACCAUUUAUGUGGUGUUCCGUGAAUUUCCGGAAACAUCUUCCUCGUUGUCUCUUUCUAUCUUGUGUUUCUUCUCUAUUUCCUGCUAUCGUAAUUUAGUUUGUUUCUAAUUUUCAAUGAAUUAUCCUAUUCUAGAAACACUAUCAGGUUCUUAACUAGGAUAUUCUUCA